AUGAUAGCCGGCCAGAAGCGUCCGCGGCCGAGCAGCAGCGACGACGCUGACGUGGGCAACAACUCCAGCUCUGGGUCAGAGAUGAGCAUCUUUCGACCUCCUGUCCUGCGGACAGCGGCGCUGACGGCGUCCGCAACCCUGAACAAGGCGCUGUUCACACGCACAUUUGAUAUUGCGGCAGCACAAGUGCACGACAACCGCCUCAUCUCCAAGUACCAGAAGGCGCUGAACUCGAGCAAAGAGCUGCUACGCGUCGAGCGCGUAGCGUCUGUGGCUGAUGUCCCGGAGGCACCGGCAGAACGAGCCACCGACGCCGCCGCUCCGGCCAAGCCAGUCCCCAAGCGGAAGUGCUUGCUGCUGCGACCGGGCAUCGUGGCGUCGUCCCCCGACACGUGGAGCGACGUGCUCAAGCAGGGUGUUGAGAAGAGCGAGCUUGGCUUGAUUCCUUAUCAACUGACCCUACACUACGAACACUGGACGUCACGCGAGGUGCUCGUGUCGGUGCUGCCUGAAGAGUUUCACGACGACAUCCCGACGGGAUUCAACACCGCCGGUCAUGUGGCGCACCUCAACCUGCGAGACCGCUUUAAGCCUUACAAGCACAUUGUGGCAGAGGUUCUGCUCGACAAGAACCCGCAGCUGCGCACGGUUAUCAACAAGAUCGACCUUGUCGGCACAGAGUCUGUCUUCCGCACGUUCCCCUACGAGGUGCUGGCCGGGCCCGACGACAUGGAUGUGGAGGUGCGCGAGAACGCAUGCACGUUCCGCUUCGACUACAGCAAGGUGUACUGGAACAGCAAGCUGGAGCCGGAGCACACGCGGCUGCUGUACCUGUUCAAGCCCGGUGAGGUCGUGGUGGACCUGAUGGCAGGCAUCGGGCCGUUUGCGGUGCCCGCAGGUAAGCGUGGUGUCUUUGUCUGGGCCAACGAUAUGAACCCCGACAGCUACGAGGCGCUCGGAAAUGCCAUCCAGCGCAACAAGGUGGGGUCGUACGUGCGGCCGUUCAACGAAGACGGCCUGGUGUUCAUCCACCGGUCGGCAGACCUGGUGCGUGAGUCGUCCGAGGCAAACGAGGGUGCCCUUGACGUCCCCGACACGGUGGCCCCGAGGAAGCAAGGCAGUAAGCCGGCACCAGCACAGGCGCCGACAUCAGCGCAGGCCGCAAGGGAAGAUGCUGCGGCUGCUGCAGGCGGUCCCAGGGCGAGGAAACAGCCGCCGCCGCCCCGAAAGCACGUUCCUGUCCCUCCGACCAUCUCACACUUCAUCAUGAACCUUCCAGCCUCGGCCAUUACGUUCUUGCCUCGUUUCCGGGGACUGUAUGCUGGCCACGAGGACCUCUUUUCCCCGGCCGCGGGUGGCGAGGCGCCAGCCGGCAAAGUCUAUCCCAAACUACCCAUUGUGCACACGCACUGCUUUGCACCCAAGGACGAUGACCAGAGCAUUCCCUUUGGCGACGUGUGUGCCCGCGUGUCGGCAGAGCUCGGUGUGCCAAUGACGCUCUGCUCGCAGUACGAGGACAUGGAGAACGAUGACCCGCUGGCGGGCGACCCAAGGAACCUGGUCUAUGUGCACAAUGUGCGGGCCGUGGCACCUCAUAAGUCCAUGUUUUGUGCCAGCUUCCGGCUUCCGGCAUCCGUGGCGUUCGCGCCGAGGACAGAGACGGCGGCAGAAGCAGAAUAG